UGUUAUGAAAUUGGAAGUUCGGAUAAAGAGGACGGUGCUUUGUUUUGGGUCGGAAAUAACUUUAUUUGUAUUGUUUACGAAACUUUAGAACUUAUAGAAACUUUUUUCUGCCCUCCACAUGGUGUGUUUUUGAGCAGUUGUUGAUUUAGAAGGGAUUAAUAAGGAGCUGGUGUAUUUUUUUGUAUGACUUUUUGCAGUAUUACUGGAAGAUGCUGCUGUUCGUGUGUGCAGUGCUGGGGAGCAGUUGCUUCCUGCUGGGAGACAGUAGGAUCACCAGGCGCUCCCCGAGCUGCCCCCAGUUCUGUGAUGUCUCCAGCUGCCCGGAGGUGCCCUCUGACUGCUGGGCAGGGCUGGUGCUGGAUGAUUGCGGCUGCUGCCAGCUGUGCGGCGCCGCCGAGGGCGAGUCAUGCGGCGGCCGCAGGGACGAGGCGAGGUGCGGGGAAGGGCUGCGCUGCUCGGUGCCGGUCGCGGCCAACCAGGCCAAGCGGCGGAUCAAAGGCGUGUGUGUCUGCGACAACCGUGAGCCGGUGUGCGGCAGCGACGGCAGCACCUACCGGAAUGUGUGUGAGCUGAAGGCGGUGAGCCGGAGGGCACAGGCACUAAACCAACCACCCGUCAUCUUCAUCCAGAGAGGAGCCUGCGGAUUGGGUCAAAAUGACCCAAACAGUCUUCGACAUAAAUAUAAUUUUAUUGCUGAUGUGGUAGACAAAAUUGCUCCUGCCGUGGUUCACAUUGAACUUUUCCGUAGGGCAACUUAUUCCAACCGUGAACUGUCUGUUGCAAGUGGCUCUGGCUUCAUUGUCUCUGAAGAUGGAUUGAUCGUGACUAAUGCACAUGUGGUUACAAAUAAGCAUAGAGUGAAAGUGGAGCUAAAGAGCGGAGCCACAUACAAUGCCAAAAUAAAGGACAUAGAUGAAAAAGCAGAUCUUGCUUUAAUUAAAAUAGACCCUCCGGGUAAAUUGCCAGUGCUGCUGCUAGGUCGCUCUACAGACUUGAGACCUGGUGAAUUUGUGGUUGCCAUUGGAAGCCCUUUUUCCCUGCAAAAUACAGUGACCACAGGAAUAGUGAGCACAACGCAGCGAGGAGGAAAGGAACUGGGCCUUCGGAAUUCCGAUAUCGAUUACAUUCAGACGGAUGCAAUUAUCAAUUAUGGAAACUCGGGGGGGCCAUUGGUGAAUUUGGAUGGUGAAGUUGUUGGAAUUAAUACCUUGAAGGUGACUGCUGGAAUAUCAUUUGCAAUUCCAUCAGACAAAAUUCGACAGUUUUUAGUUGAAUCUUAUGACCGACAAGCGAAAGGGCAGGUUCCAAUAAAAAAGAGGUAUCUAGGAGUUAGGAUGAUUACACUUACCCCUAGCCUUGCAAAGGAACUGAAAGAGCGUCAGAAGGAUUUUCCUGAUGUUAAUGCUGGAGCCUACAUCAUUGAGGUCCUUCCACGAACACCAGCUUCCAGGGGUGGCCUGAAGGACAAUGAUGUGAUUAUUAGUAUUAAUAAACAAUUGGUGACUUCAUCCAGUGACGUCAGUGAAGCCAUUAAAAAGGAUCCAAACCUGUCAAUAGUAGUUCGCCGAAGCAAUGAGGAUGUGAUAAUAAAUGUUGUGACUGAAGAAAUUGAACCAUGAAGUGAGCUGGAUCUCCUUGCUAAUAUGACCAAAAACAGCAAAGAAUCUGAAUCUACAUAAUAGCUUGUCAACCUGUUGAUAUUUCUAUUGCACAGCACCAGGAGAUAGCUGCAGUGUAGAUAUAUUUUUGUCUAGGGUUACAAGCUCAGAUAAUCCUGAAGCUAUUGAAAAUUAACAUCUGUUUCCUCCUGGCAUUUUUUUUGAUUUAUCCUCAUUUUUUUCCAGCUUCAUUGCGUUGUAUUCUACUUUUAUUGAAAUGUCAAUGCAAACAAAUUCACUUGCAGGAACUUUUAUUUCAUUAUGUUGGGGAUUAUACAUUAUUGCUAUUGGUACCAAAUCUGCUAUAAUGCAGUUGUGUGAAACUGUGUGGGGAUGUGGCAGGUUUUAAAUGUUGACACAAUUUUUUUUUUGCCUUUUAUUGGAAUAUCAGAAUGCAGUAACCUGGCUGCCCACAAUACAGAUAGCUUGUGAAAUAAUUUUGGGAAUGUUCAUCAAUGUAUUGUUCUCACCCCUCUUGUGACUACCUCCCUCCUGUUCGCUCCCUACCCAUACCCACCCUCUUUUGUUUGCUCCAGAUCUGACAUUUUCUUAAGUUUCAGAUAUAAAGAAGCCAAUUUACUUCAGAGAGCUAAUGAAGCCAGUUUUAGCCAUUUCUACCAUAGGGGCUUGAGAAUGAACUUGCCUCUGAUUUUCGCUCCCUGUUUAAAAUAACACUUUUCCUGUUCCCACAGGUAUUUGUGGGUUACAUCAGACUUCUCCCAAUGUUGUGCAUAGAUUAUGUUCAGAGGGUGGGAAGGCUGGUAGAUUGGGCAUCCAAAAGUCCUUGUUCAUUCACUCAUUGAUUUUUAUCUGUAGAAUCAUCCAGUCAUGGAGGUGGGAAGACAACUUAAUUAGGCAGAAUCCUAAUUCCAGAAUCAUUCUUCUAUCCCACCUCUGUAUGAAUUAUGUUCUGGGGGGAAAAGGCCCAAAGUCAACUUAUUGUUGGAUCUGCUCCCACCUUGGCUACAGUAAUCUCAACUCCAAGUGGGCAGAAUAAGAGUUAGACCACCUGGCUGGUAAACUCAUACAGAGAGACCUUCAGUUAGCAGGAAUGGAAUGCUAAUUUGUGCACAGUUGUGCCAUUGGAUACAGAACAAGUCCAUGAAGAGCUACCCUGCCUGCCCCUAUACCCCCUCUCAUGGCCCCCAUCCUCAGAAACCCCCUCUAAUCCCAAAAGGGAAACACUCGCGCGAGACGUCGGUCCUUGUGAUGUUGAGUGUCACCCCAAGACGCACACUUUGGUGACACUGUGUGGAGUGCGGGAGCUGCUAGCCCCUGAUUGGCUAACACUUGCUGGGCAGGAUAUCAGCUUCAGAAGAGUUAAUAGACAAUAGUUGCAGGCAUAGGCUAUUCUGCCCUUCGAGCCUGCACCACCAUUCAGUAUGGUAAUGGCUGAUCAUCCUUAAUCAGUAUCCUGUUCCUGCCUUAUCUCCAUAACCCUUGAUUCCACUAUCCUUGAGAGUUCUAUCCAACUCUUUCUUAAAUGAAACCAGAGACUAGGCCUCCACUGCCCUCUGGGCAGAGCAUUCCACACAGCCACCACUCUCUGGGUGAAGAAGUUUCUCCUCAUCUCUGUUCUAAAUGGUCUACCCCGUAUUUUUAAGCUGUGUCCUCUGGUUCGGCACUCACCCAUCAGCAGAAACAUGUUUCCUGCCUCCAGACUAUCCAAUCCUUUAAUAAUCUUAUAUGUCUCAAUCAGAUCCCCUCUCGGUCUUCUGAACUCAAGGAUAUACAAGUCCAGUCGCUCCAGUCUUUCACCUUAAGGUAGUCUUGCCAUUCUAGGAAUUGACCUCAUGAACCUAGAUAAUGAUAAUCUAGAGACCCAGGUAAUGUUCUGGGGACCCAUGUUCAAAUUCUGCCAUGGCAGAAUUCAAUAAAACAAAAUUAAAGCCCCCUGGAAUUAAGAGUUUAACUAUAACCGUGAAACCAGUUUAGGGAAGGAAACAGUCAUCCUUACCUGGAUUGGCCUACAUGUGAUUCCAGACCCACAGGAAUGUGGUUGUCUCUUAACUUAGAUCAACAUGCAUUGUCUAUUCCUAUCUAGCAAUGCCCUCGUCCUGUGAAUGAAUAAAAAAAGAUCAGUCAAGGUUUGUGACCACCUUUUCACAAAGCAAGCGCAAUACCGAAACUGGAAAAUCCCAGCCUAUGCCGUACUUCUGCUGGAGUAGCCAGUAAGUAGUAUACUGCUUGCACCUAGUUAAUGAAAACUUCAGUUGAAUUUAAUGCAUAGAUUGGAAGGAGGACUGAGGGCUAAGAAGUAAGGCCAAGGCCAGGAAUAACUGAGAAUGACUGACUAGUUAUUAAAUACUUUAAAAGAAAACACUUUUCUCUGCCCUGCUCCCAAAAUUCAUCUCAAAAAUGUAUGCAACACUGGAAGAACAGGUACUAAUCCUUUGCCACAUUUUGUCCAGAACAGUGCUGAAACUGUUCUUCCUUGCUGGUACUACAGGUGACUGAAUCUGAGUAUAUCUGAAAAAUGUACACAGAUAUGAAUUGCAUGUAACUUAAUGUCAACAGGUUCUGCACAAGAAACGUUCUCAAGUUGUACUGGUAGCAGAUCAGGGCAACACUGUCUGAUUUAAAAACAUGCUACUGCCUCCUGACCUAUCUGGAUUAUGGGUCAUCUGGUUUUAGGGUCAUGCUAAAUGUAUUGCCAAUAAAGAU